UUUUUUUUUGGUCAUUUUGCCACUGACACCUACCGAUGUAUCGCCGCCGCAUCAAGAAAGCCCCGACACCUGUCUUUGGAGACACCCUUGAGGAAUUCGGAUUCACCAUCAAUGAACAGGGUCACCUUAUUGACAAAGAAGGAAAACGAUACGCAUUCGAUCUCAAGGCCAAGGACAGAGACUAUCAGGAGGCACAUGGACGCGCCUUGAGCGCUGCCGCCAUGAACGUGAUGCUGAAGAGGAUGGAGGACGAGUGCGAUCUGGUCAAAGCAACCGUGCCCCUCGGGAUCAAAGGCACCGACACAACCUCGCCUCGAGCCCAUAUCUUGCUGUCAUCAAACGCGAAGGAAGCCCAGCGCCUGUUGGUUCUCGUCCCAGGCACCGUAGAAUCUCUAGGCAUGUGGUCUCGUAGGUUGCUCAGCAACUACAGUGUCGAGAUCGGAUCCAUGCUUACCACUGUCAAGCAGGCUCAUGCCGAGGGCUACGGCAUCGCGAUUCUCAACCCAAAUGCUCAUUGGUGGGUCGAUGGCCGUGAAUCGGUGUUGGUCCCCACCAAGAAGGACUAUGCCAUUAUCCCUCAUCUGGAGUCACCGGAAGUACACGUCGACUACGUCUUCCGGAACUUCAUACAGAACUUUGCCUCCAAAGAAAUCUUCAUCAUGGCUCACAAGUACGGUGCCCAUGCAUUGAUCACGGCUCUCCACACGCAGUUCGAUUUUUUCAAAGACCGUGUCGCUGCUAUCGCGGUGAUCGAUGGUACACAUACGAUCGACUCUGUCCCUGAGCCAAUGUUUCAAAAGUGGUGGUCGCUGAAUGCCGCCGGGUUCAUUCAGUCCAAAGUUGAGGAAAAGGGUAUGGUCGAAUACAGGGAUCACGCCGGUUGCAACUGUGUCAAGGCCGGGACUGAGGAGUUUGAUUUCACGCUCGUGGAUGAGAUGCCUUCGAUCUUUCGGUUCUUCCGGGCCAGAUGGGGUCGGGAUAAUACUUUUGCGCGGAACAAGGAUUUGCUUCAGCCAUUGAACCCAGACGAUCCUACGACGGCCAUGAUCACGUUCCAAGAUGUGCCAGAGGAGGAUGAGGAGGAGGUGGAGGCGGAGGUGGAGGUGGAGGUGAACGCGGAGGAAAGCAGCGAGGCGGCGGUUGUCGAGCUUUAAAAAAAAAACAUGUACACUUCCUUCCCCCCUUCGAACCUGCUGCAGCCCAUAUAUCCCCCCAUGUACGUACAUGAAUGUAGCACAUACAUUUCAGUAGGCUAUUGAAGACUUAGAAUUUUUUUUUUUUGGUGGCAACGAUGCAUAAAGAGGGAUCUUACACGUGAUUGGCCAAACUAAAAAAAAAAAAAGCACGGUUCCUGAUUCACAU